CGCUGCCACCUCCGCCAGCGACGUCACCCUUUACCUGGAUGAGGGGCUCCCUGGCUCCCCCCGGUCCCCCGAACGCCCCCCCAGCCCCGAACCCCCCCCCCCCAGCGGGGGGGGCCCCCCCCCCCCCCCCCCCCCCCCCCCACCCCCCCCGGCGCCCGCCCCCCCCCGGGGGGUCGGGGGGGGGGGGGACACCCCAAGAAGAGGUCCCGCCGCGGCGUGUCCCCCCUGUUUGGAAUGCCGGGGUCGGGGGGGUCACCCCCCUUUGCUGACUGUCGAGCCCCCCAGCGACAGCUCGGCCGACCUCAGCGACCGCUCUGACCGCGGUUCCGUCAAUCGGGUUGGGGGGGGUCCCUAUGAAUCCAAUGGUGCCGGGGGGGGCACUUUGCCCCGCAGCGGACCCCCGCCCCCACCCCCACCUCCCCCCCCGCCACCUCCCCCCCCCACCGCCCCCGAGGAGGGUUCGGAAGGGGACAACGAGAGUUUGGGGAGCAGCUCCAACUCCAACGAGACCCUCAAUUGUUCUUCGGGCUCCUCGUCCCACGACAGCCUGAGGAGACCCCCCCCCACCCCCCCCCCACCUCCUCCCGCCGCCCCCCCACAACCUCCCAGUGCCUCUGGCCCCCCUGGAAAAGCCACGUACCAACGGGAGCCACGGCAGAGCUGGGACUCACCGGCGCUCAACAACGACGUGGUGCAGCGCAGGCAGUACCGCAUCGGCCUCAACCUCUUCAAUAAGAAACCUGAAAAGGGGAUCCAGUACCUGAUCGAGAGGGGCUUCCUGUCCGACACCCCGGUGGGGGUGGCCCAUUUCAUCCUGGAGAGGAAAGGGCUGAGCCGGCAGAUGAUUGGCGAGUUCCUCGGCAAUCGCCAGAAGCAGUUCAACCGCGAUGUCCUCGACUGCGUGGUGGACGAGAUGGAUUUCUCCGGGAUGGAGCUGGACGAGGCUCUGCGUAAGUUCCAGUCCCACAUCCGGGUGCAGGGGGAGGCCCAGAAAGUCGAGCGCCUGAUCGAGGCCUUCAGCCAGCGCUACUGCGUGUGUAACGCGGCCCUGCUGCGCCAGUUCCGCAACCCGGACACCAUCUUCAUCCUGGCCUUCGCCAUCAUCCUCCUCAACACCGACAUGUACAGCCCCAGCGUGAAGGCGGAGCGCAAGAUGAAGCUGGAGGACUUCAUCAAGAACCUCCGAGGGGUGGACAAUGGGGAGGACAUCCCACGGGAGAUGCUGGUGGGCAUCUACCAGCGAAUCCAGAGCCGGGAGCUGCGCACCAACGACGACCACGUCUCCCAGGUUCAGGCUGUCGAGAGGAUGAUCGUUGGCAAGAAGCCGGUGCUGUCCCUGCCCCACCGCCGCCUGGUGUGCUGCUGCCAACUCUACGAAGUCCCCGACCCCAACCGCCCCCAGCGUUUGGGGCUGCACCAACGCGAGGUCUUCCUCUUCAACGACCUCCUGGUGGUGACGAAGAUCUUCCAGAAGAAGAAGAUCCUAGUGACCUACAGCUUCCGUCAGAGCUUCCCCCUUGUCGAGAUGCACAUGCAGCUCUUCCAGAAUGCCUAUUACCAGUUUGGGAUCAAGCUGCUGUCAGCGGCUCCGGGGGGGGAGCGGAAGGUGCUGAUCAUCUUCAACGCGCCCAGCCCUCAGGACAGACUGCGCUUCGCCAGCGACCUGCGGGAGUCCGUGGCUGAGGUGCAGGAGAUGGAGAAGUACCGAGUGGAGGGUGAGCGAUGGGAGGGCACUGGAAGCUAA